AUGGUCAAUAACCAUUCCGAGUCGUAUGGUACUUAUGUUAAUUUGGUCCGAGAGAUCAUGUUGGUACUCGUCACCGAGGAGAAAGAUCCUGUCAAAGGUCCCACUGGUUUUGCGCUUUACCGCCAUCUUAUUUUCUAUACGCUCGACCACACCAGUAAGUUUAGAAAUGUACGCCUUGUGACGCCGACUAUUGCAAUGCUCAUGUACUGGUGCCGACUCACAGUCUUAACUGCCAAAAAAUACGAGAUGUAUCUCCAGGAUGGAAAGCCAACAGCUUUUAAUGCAUUACAUGAGGUCAUGUGGAUUGCCACGACGGCAGCAGGCGACGAGCCCCGGCUCCCUCGCAUUCUCUGGAUUCCGGACAGCAACUAUCGCAAACUCGAUGUGGCCAACACCAGUGACAAGAUAUCAAUUGAUCAUUUGCGGAUUUGUAUCGAGCUUUGCAUGGAAGAAAUGAAAAACAUGAUGAAUUCGCCGGAUAGCUCUUUUGGCUUAGGCAACAUUGAGGAUAACAUACUAGGACUUUGUAAAGGAGAUACCCACAACAUCGGUGACAAUAUGGGCUUUGCCGAUGUUGGUUACUCCUACAUCAGCGACCCACGUAAUAGAUUUGCUAACAUGCACCACACCCUCGUCUUGACCCUUUUGAAACAAACACUAUGGCAGAGAAUCUAUGUAGAUACCAUCGACGCUACUGGUACCAUCUCGUGGAAAAAGCCGGCACUCUACGCGUGGUUGGAAAGAUGUAUCCAGCUCCAAAGGCUCUUGAUUGUUGCAAUCCAUCUGAGUUAUGGUCAGCCCUGCUGA